CAGUUUUGAUCUGAAAAUUUUUCCCAUUCGUAAAACAUGGGGUUGUAUUACAUCCUCCCCCAACUCCUUUCCGGAUGUGAUGCGUCCUGAAUCUGUGAGUCUGGGGACAACUUUUCACCCAGCUGCUUCUCAGCUUAGGGAGACAGCUGGCAAGGUAGGGCUGGAGGUGAAAGUGGGAGAGGAUUCUGGGGAAGUCUGGGUGUGCAGAGGUUCUCUCCAAAACGGCUUAGACAAGGAGCGUGGGUUUUUCCUGCCUUAACUUUUUGAGCCUCAGUUUGUACUUCUGAAAAAACGGGAAAGGCACCGCCUAAUAUAGAAAGCAACGUUGCGGGGAUUAAACAACACCGCCAGGUGUACUUGCCAGGCACACAGUGGGAGAUCCACAAGCAUUUGCGACCCAAACAAGGACGGUUCUAAAGAGCGUGUGUGCCGGGAUUCAGGCCCAAGGUCUGGCUUUCGGGGCGCGCGGUUCCCGGGACCCCCAGCGGAGCGGAAACCCCCGUUCUGCCGCCAGGGCCGUCUCCUCGGCCCCGGACCGCCGAGGGUUAAUGAGAAAGACCCACGCCCCCUUUGACGGAGCAGAGCCCACCUCGCCGAAUUUGAAAAGGCGGCCCUGAGAGGCGUGGGCGCCCCCGAGACACUUCCAGCUCGGACCCGGGCUCCGUCCGCUCGCCGGCGCGCUCGUUCGGCUCCCGGCGGGGGCCGCGGGUUUCGUCCCGCCGCCGGUGCGCUCCCAACUGUCCUCCCGCUCGGGACUCCGGGUCCCCGCGGGCGGGCGCGCAAGAUGAAGCUGGCUCUCCUCCUGCCCUGGGCGUGCUGCUGCCUAUGCGGGUCGGCGCUGGCCACCGGCUUCCUCUACCCCUUCCCGGCCGCAGCCUUGCAGCAGCACGGCUAUCCCGAGCCUGGCGCCGGUUCCCCCGGCAGCGGCUACGGGAGCCGCCGGCACUGGUGCCAUCACACGGUGACACGGACGGUGUCCUGCCAGGUGCAGAACGGCUCGGAGACAGUGGUCCAACGCGUGUACCAGAGCUGCCGGUGGCCGGGGCCCUGCGCCAACCUCGUGAGUUACAGGACUCUGAUCAGACCCACGUACAGAGUGUCCUACCGCACGGUGACGGCGCUGGAGUGGAAGUGCUGCCCUGGCUUCACCGGGAGCAACUGUGACGAGGAAUGCAUGAACUGUACCCGGCUCAGUGACAUGAGUGAUCGGCUGACCACGCUGGAGGCCAAGGUUCUCCUGCUGGAAGCAGCCGAGCGGACCCCAGGCCCAGACAAUGAUCUGCCGACGCCCCAGAGCCCCCCACCACCCUGGAAUGAGGAUUUCUUCCCUGACGCCAUCCCUCUCGCCCACCCUGGGCCCAGGAGAAGGCCCAUGGGCCCAGCCGGGCCCCCUGGACAGACGGGACCACCCGGGCCUCCAGGCCCCCCAGGCUCCAAAGGUGACCGGGGCCAGGCAGGGGAGAAGGGCCCAGCAGGACCCCCUGGCCUCCUGGGGCCGCCAGGGCCCCGCGGGCUUCCUGGAGAGAUGGGGCGGCCUGGCCCCCCCGGCCCCCCUGGCCCGGCAGGCAGCCCGGGCCUCCCUCCAAACGGCCCCCAAGGCGUCCUCUACUCCUUGCAGCCUCCCACAGGCCCGGACAAUGGAGACAUGCAGCUGGCCUCCGCCGCCGUGGACACGGUACUGGCGGGCGUUCCGGGGCCCCGGGGCCCCCCUGGCCCUCCAGGUCCCCCUGGACCACAUGGUCCCCCUGGACCCCCAGGCACACCUGGAUCCCAGGGCCUGGCUGCAGAGCACAGCGUGAUGGGGCCGUCUGGGGAGCCUGGCGGGAAGGCGGAAGAGGAGGACAAAGCCACCGCUGCGGAGGGUGAGGGGGUGCAGCAGCUGCGGGAGGCCCUGAAGAUCCUGGCAGAGAGAGUCCUCAUCCUGGAGCACAUGAUUGGCAUUCAUGAUCCCCUGGCCUCCCCCGAUGGGGGCUCCGGCCAGGACGCCGCCCUGAGAGCCAACCUCAAGAUGAAGCGUGGUGGCCCCCCGCCUGAUGGCUCCCUGGCUGCCCUGCUUGGCCCUGAUCCCGGGAAGAGGAGUGCUGGCCGGGCCAGCGACGGGAAGUAAGAGGCCAGCCCUCCAGGACAAGCCCUGACUCCGCAGGGCUCGGGCCCCGAGGCUGGGCUGCCGCCCCCACCUGAAGACACCCCGAGUGGGACUGGUCUCAAGGCCCGGGUGAUGAUUAGGGACACUGGCUCCUGGGGCCUGGGGGCCUUGGGGACAGAUGGCAACUCCAAGGGCAGGGUCCAGAGGGGCCCAGAACCUUUGGCAGAGCCCUGCCCUCCCUGCCCUCCCUACCCCCACUCCCUGCUGGAGACAGGGUCUGGUGGGCUUGGCAUCGGCUGAGAACAGCUCUAAUACCCAUCAUUGCCAAGUCCCUGCGUCGUCUGGGCCUGUCCGAGGAGCUUCCCCACGUUGUCUCAUUUAACCCUUAGGAGGUAGGUUUGGUACCCCCACUUUCCUGGGGGCAGAGGCUUGGAGAGGGUCAAGAACCUUCCCAAGGCCACUGGAUGACCCUCGAAGGCCAGGGCAGGAUUUGAAUCCGUGCCUCUCAGUUCCCGAACCCAUGAUCUAUCUACUCUGCCAGCUUCCCCUCUUCACAGGGACUCUUAGGCUGGGCGGGCAUCAGGCUGGGCGGCUCCUGAGGCUCCAGCCGGGAAGGAGGGCAGGACCCUGCCCAGCACAAGUCUGCAGAGGCCCUGGACCUCCUUCUUCCACUCCCCUCCCUGGGUUCGUGGUCUGCUCUGAGGCCUGGGGGUGGCGUGGCCAGGAGGCCCUGAAUCAACCCAUGAUAGUCAUGUGAUCUUGCAGACUGUAAGUCAGGAGCACUGGGGUGCGAGGACCCUCAAACUCAACUGACAUGGCCCUCCGCUGCAUCCCAGGCUCUCUGACCCCACCCACCCCCAGGGCCUCCCAGCCCUGAGCGGGGAAGGGGGAUUUAAGGGGAACGUGCUCCCUCCAGGGGCCGCCCCGGCAGCCCUGCCCUCUCCCAGGCUCUCUAGGAAUCUGCAGGGUCAGCCAUGUCCAUGUGACACAGCAAGUCCUCUGUCCUUCUGUCCCCGGCUUGAGUCCCAGGCCCUGCUGGGGGGUGAUGCUCCCACCCUGGUGCUGGGGCCCAGCCACGCUCCCCACUAGACACCCAGAGCCCCAGGUCCCCAGAGCAGCUCAGACCACAGCCCUCAGGGCCUCUCAGGCCUCGGUCCCCUGUGCCCUAGACUGACCCUGGUGCUCCUCUCUCACUGGGUCAGCGACGGCAGCCAACUCAGACACUCCCAGGUGCUGGCACCCCACCCCGCGUCUGCGUGUGCCCUCGAGGCUGGAGCCACUUGUCCCCGCUGCCCUUGGUGCUCCUGGGAGGCCAUGGCCUGGUCCCUCCGGGCCCUGGUAACCUCUCCCUGCCCUCAAGGCCUAGACUGUCCCUGCUAAGGCAGGGCUGGCUGUGUGGGGGGCCGAGAUGUGACUUCCUGCAGGCCUGUCUUCACGGAGGGGGUGGCCAGGGCUGGCGGGAAGUCUGUAACCCUCCGACAAUAAAGGUGCUCUCCCCACUGUG